AAAGAAAGAAAAGGAGUUGAAUUGGAAGUUACACCACAAGCAAGGGAACAAGUCCCCUGAUGCGUGAGGGAGAGAGGUAGAGGCAGAGAGGGAAACAACAAUCAGAAAAGGAACUCGGAAUAAGAGCACUCGCAUCCGGCUCCCCAUCUCUUCCGCAUCCUCAUAUUUUGGGGAAAAAUUUAGGGUUUGAGCUAAAAUCUUCCUCCAUCCGGUUCCCCAAAAUGGGGAUAAACUUUCCGGUCGCUACAGUAGGUCCCCAUAUAUGGGGACUCACUGUACAUCCCCAAAUGUGAUUUCGGUUCCCUCUCUCCUUCGACAUCCCGCGUCUUCUACCUUGCGACGGUUGGCUGCCCUUCAUCUCUCCGACUUCCCUGAAUCUCGCAUCACACCGGUAUGCCCAUUCCAGAUUUUUUUGACUUUGAAUGAUAUUUGAUUCGACAAUCCCCAUCUGUUGGCCGAAAAUGAAGUUGUGAAAUUUUGGUUUCAUUUUCAUAAAUCUCAAGACUCUGUUUUUCGGCAGUGGUAGGUUCUUUUUUGAGGCUGUUUUUGGAUAAAUUAGGACAAAAUUUCAAAGGGUUUUGGGUUGGAAAAAAACCCUAGAUAUGCAGGGGACCUCCGGUUUCGAAUUUGGGGAUUUUUUGGGAACUGAUUUUGUUGAGUUUAUUUGGGGCAUUUUGAUAUCUUUAACUGCGAUUUUAUCCAUUACCUGGGAUUGUAAUUAUGCUUGGCUAUCUUCGGGUGGGGUUGUGAUUAUGCUUGGCUAUCUUGUUGGUUAGUUGUGAGCCACAUUUGGUAUUUUUCUUCUCUAUGAUUAUAUCGGCAUGGCUCUAUUUGAUAGUUGGAAUCACUGUUUGUUUGUGGUUCUGUGAUGUUCUGUGAUUAUGCUCAAUGGAAGGGGGACGUGAAGUUUGGUGCUUUCUGUUGGCUUUUUUCCAGUAAUCUCUUCACUUUGUAAAUGCUUGGAAGUGUGCCAUACCUUUCUUGAAUCUGUGAUGAUCGAACAUAUUAUGCAUCUGUUGGCCGAUUAUCAGCAGUUGAUUGUGUAAACUAAACCUCGGCUGAACCUCUUAUUUUUUGACUAUUCUGGACCUUUGGUUGAAGAUUGGUUUAAUUACACCGAAUUUGGUUGCUUUUCAUUGUAGAUCUUGUUUCUUUUUUUUUUUUGGUAACAUUGGUUUCUUUUGUAGGUCUUGGUUUCAUGGAAUUGUUCUUGGUUUCAUUAAAUUGUUCUUGGUUUCAGAAACAAUUGUUCUUGGUUUCUUUGUAGUUCUUGGUUUCAUGAAUUUGAUGGAGGAAUCUUUUGUAGUUCUUGGUUUCAUGAAAUAUUUCAGAUUAUAUUUUUGUAAAUCUUGGUUUCAUUUGUACUUCUUGGGUUGAGUUAAUUUGAUGAUAGUGUUUCAUUACUAGUUCUUGGUUUAUUUUGUACAAAUGGUUAUCAAGUUAGUUCUUGGUUUCAUGAAAUUUUCCAGAAUUGGUUUUGUAGUUCUUGGUUUCAUUUGUACUUCUUGGGUUCAUGAAUUUGAUUUGGUUUCAUUACUAGUUCUUGGUUUCUUUUGGUCUUAUUGGUUUCAUGCAUCAGAUUUGGUUUCAAAUCUAGUUCUUGGUUUCUUUUGUACUUCUUGGUUGCAUGAAAAUUUGCCAAAACGUAUUGUAGUUCACUUGGGUUUCUUUUGUUUUAUAUAUAUAAUAUGCAGAGGGAAAUCAUGUAUAUCCAAUUCGGUUAUUCUUCUGUUUGCUGCUUCAUCUUUUGGAGUCUAUGAUAUUCAAUUCCAUAUUCAAAUGCAUUAUUGAUUAUUCAAUAGAGAUUGUGAGCUAUAAUAAAAAAUACAUGUAAUCUUCUGGGGAAAAAACAUGCAUACCUUGUUUGAAUAUCUAUCUAAUUUGAUGAUAGUGUUUGGUCAUUUGCAGUGUUUCGUGUCAUUCGGGGGAGGGGGGAAUAUAAUUAGGCUGUGAUGAUGGGGUUAUUUUUAUAUGUAAUUGGGGCCCCAUCGAUAUGGCGGGGUAAUCGUUACUCGAAUACACCAAGUUGCAGUUUGUGGUACUCUCCAUAAACUGCAAUCGGGGUUCGGGUGAGGUUUUGCAGCCAUUCGAUGUUGGACUCCUUGAUUACGCAUGUUGUCAAUAUUUACACCAUUCUGAGCCACAUUCAUUGUCUUAUUCAAUAUGGGGAACCGGAUGUGAAUGCUCUUAUUUUGUGUUUUGUGAUUUGCAUGCUGUUUGUUGUUGUUUGUAUUCUGUUGCAUAGAUCUGUAAUGUGUAAAUUAAACCCCCUCGGCUGUGAUGAUGACAACCGUAUGUUAGGAUUAGGGAGAUUUAUGGCCAUCUGCUCAAAGGGUAAGUAACCCGGACGGCCAACAAGUCCUGGCAACCGGUCGUUGCAGCCAUGAGUGGGUGGCAAGCUUAUCUUUUGUAUCCUCAUUCGGUUCCUGAGCCCUGAUCAAAAACCAUACAUUAAAUGUAUAUCUUUUCUAAUCUCUAAAUGUUUUUUUAGAGAUGGAUUCACAAGACUUGACUAGUAUGUACUUCACCAACCUCCUUAGUCAAGAUCCUCAACUCGACCCCACUUACGAUGGGCAAAGUGGGACUUCUCCGUUGACCCUUGAUGACUCUCCAACCCUACCCCCUAACGAGCCCAUCGGCGUUAGGAAAUCAGUUAGGGGUGCGAAUUUCACCCCCGAAGAAGACAAGUUACUUGUCUCCGCUUGGCUAAAUUGUAGCCUUGAUGCUGUUCAGGGAACAGAUCAAAAACACUCCCAACUUUGGGAAAAAAUUUUUGAGUACUUCCAGCAAUUUAAAGAAACCACAAAUGAGCGGACAAUAAAAUCUUUAAUUCAUCGGUGGUCGGUUAUCCAAAAGGCCACAAACAAAUUUUGUGCGAAACUAGCCCAAGUUGAAGGGUUAAAUCAAAGUGGCAUGACCGACCAAGAUAAGUUCGACAAGGCCAAGGUUAUGUACCAAGCGCUAGAAAAGUGCUCAUUCCAAUUUGAGCAUUGUUGGCACCUGUUGAAGGACCAACCUAAGUGGAUUUGGCGCGCCACAAAGGAGGAUCCAAAACGAAGGAAGACGAUGUCCCCAUCCCCGACCCCAACUCGAUGUUCUGGCGCUACAAUUGAUUCAACUUUUGAUAUGGAGGCGGAUGAAGUCAUGGAGAAUGAAGUUAUCGAGUUGGACCGACCAAUUGGAAGGAAAGCUGAGAAAGGAAAACGAAAGGUCCAAGGCAAGCAAGCAGAAGAAAAUUUCCAACUCAGGAAGAUGAAGUAUACUCUUUUGGAGGAGUCACGCGCUCAGGAGAAAGAGUUUUAUCGAAUGAAGGCCGAGAAGAUGGAGUAUGACAAGGAAAAAGAGGAAAAAAAAUACGCCUUGAGGAUGAACGACUGAGGUUGGAGGCCGAGAAGAUGUUAAUUGAGAGGGAAAAGGAGCUCGCUAAAAUUCGUCAAGAGGACGAAAGGUUGAGGUUGGAGGCGCAGAAAGUGGAGCUCGCCACGAAAGAUCAAGAUCAGCGCAUUAUGAUGAUGGACGUGAGUGGCAUGCCGGAAAUGCAGCGGUUAUAUUUCCAGCAACUCCAGAGGGAAAUCAUGGCGAGACGCAAUACUUCCCAAGAUUGAACUUCUUGUUUUUUAAUAUUACCAUUUUCA